AUGCCGCCCAACGCCGAUCCCGCCACCGCUGCUCCCGCUGGCCUCCCUAAACUGGCCUCACUCAACGCGGAACUGUACGCACGUACUACCGAGGAGUGCUCUGACGACGUUACGAAUCUCUGCGAUAACUUCGAGGAGAUGGUUCGCACCCGUAACCACCACAUCGAGUACUAUCAAGAACAGCAGCUGGACGAUAUCUACAACGACAGCAUCGCUCACAUGCAAGCCAACUUUGACCGGUCUCUCCAACUCCACGAGUCAAAUUCGCGCCGCAGUGACAACAACAUUGCUACUGCCCACGCUCAAGUCGCACGUCUGGAGGUUGACGUCGACUUUAAGCAGCGAAGGGGGGAGGGUGCCCGCAACCUCACAGACACGCUUGCGGUCAACAACACCCUCCGCAACGAGAACAGCCAAUACUUUGGCGACAAAGUUUGGCUCCGGAGCCAGGUCGUGGCAAAGCUGGCCACCAUUGACCGAGACGUCCAGAACACACUUGCAGUCGUCAACGCCUCCCACCACAUCAUCGACCGCAACGUGCACCGCGCUGUAGCCACCGUCAACAACAACAUCCAGGGCCUCGACCGCAACUACGCUGAGGGCCUCGAGCGUGCUGAGAACGCCGACAUCCGUCAACGCAGCCAACUCAGGAAGGCGGUUGGAGAAGAGUUCAGGUCAAUGCAGAGCGUGUUCUCCGUCAACCUCCAGCCCCCGCCUGCUCGUCCUGCUGCUGUCCUCCCUCCUGCUUCGGAUGCUCUUGCUCCUCCUGCGCUGCCUCCUAUGCCGACACCUGCCAGCCAGCCAGUCCCCAGGCUUGACCAAGGGCCCCAAGCCGUUGCAGACCUCCGCACGCACGUGUCCGCCCGCGUUAACGGCGUCACAAUUCCCUUUGCCAACCUCUGGCACUCGAAGCUGGUCCCGCGGGCGAAGUGCAUGGAGUGUCGCGGCGACUACCGCUGCUACCUGUCAAGGGGCGACCCCAACUUUGCAUGUAGCCGAUGUGUCUCCAAGAAGCUGUAUUGUUUCCGCAUGCUGCCCAAUCAAGCUGUGGGCCUGUUUCCGCUGCGGCCUGAAGAUAUGCCGGUUGGCACGACCGCGGAUGACCAGGAGUUCUGGCGGCUCCGGGAUGGUUUCAAGCGCAAGUCGUUCAAGCAGUACGACUCAAAGAGCUUGCGCAAGAAGUUGAGGGUGGGGGAUGCGUCGGUUGAUGACUCUGAGGCAUAA